CCUACGUUCGGUUCAAGUUGAAGUUCGAAGGGCAGAAAUUUACAAAUUUGAAUUGGUACACGUUUUGUGACAAGAUCGCCAAUAAUUGGCGCACAAACAACACAAAAUCCGAGUAAAGGUCUGCAGGAAUGACUGACACUACGAAUACACAACCUACUGAGUUAGGUGAUGAAAUCCCUGCUUAUGCACCUUCCGUUGUGACACCUGUUACCACACUCACACAACACUUCUACCAUCCUCGACCCAUGAUACCAGGAUCAGCGCUGGCAUUUCCAGUGAAUAUACAAGGCCAACCACUACUAUUUCAAUCUCCAUAUUAUACGCCAUUCCAUUACUCCCCACUUAUAAACAAUGGUCCAAUACCAUUUCAAAAAGCAACAUUUCCAUACCAUGAAUCUGUUAUACACUCAACAACAUCUGAACCAGCAAGAGUUGAUGAUCAAGAUGGCCCAAGUCCUGCUAAGAAACCAAUGCCAGUUAUUAUAACCAAAGAUGAGAAUUCAUCACCAACUGAUUGCCCCAUAACAUCACAUAUAAAUAUGACAGGCUCCUUGGCAAGUAACACCACUACUUCAGGGGGUCACUUUAACUUUUCAGACGCCCCAAUGGUUCUUAUAAAUCAACCAAAAGUUGAAGUGACAGACCAAAACUCUCAGGAACAUACACCAUGCUUAGCAAUGACUUCAAGUCACACAAGACAAAUGAAUGUUGUAAUGUCUCCAAGUUCAUCACCACUAACACAGUCCAAAAUGCACUCCCCGACAUCUAAUGAGUUUGUAAGCCCGAGUACAUCAACCUCCAGCGAACCAAACGAGCAAAACAGCGAUAAUCAACCAACCGUUUGCGUGAUUUGUGGGGAUAAAGCAACAGGCAAUCAUUAUGGGGUGACUAGUUGUGAAGGAUGCAAGGGUUUUUUCAAACGAACUGUUCAAAACAAAAAGGUGUACACGUGUAGGAAUUUAUCGAAAGAUUGUCCGAUCGAUAAAAGACACCGAAAUCGUUGCCAGUUCUGUCGCUAUCAGAAAUGCCUUAAUGCUGGUAUGCUUAAGGAAGCUGUUCGCGAAGACAGAACGCCUGGUGGUAAACACAAGAAUGCAAACUUGUUGAAAAUCAAACUUCCUUCUUUGGAAGACAGUCCCAGUCGAAUUCAGUCCUCCCACUGGUCCUCGCCGCUUAUCGAAAAAUUCUUACUGAUCAGAAACAUGGCAAUCCCCCCGCUUAACAAAAACUCUGUCAGUGACGACGUGAAAAUACAAACUAUUAACUAUGUCGUGCAACUUGCUGACUGGCAGGUGGAGGAAGUUUUGGGUUGGUUUGAGAAACUUGAAUUUCUGGCCAACAUCAACUUGGAGGAUCGAAAAGUUUUGGUGUUGAAUUCAAUUAUGGAGAUCUUAGCAUUCGGACUCGCGCGACGGUCAAUGGAUAUCAAUGGUAGUCUGUUAUUGGGAGAAGGAGUGCUUUUAGACAUGGAGACUGCAACAAUAGCUGGCAUUGAGGAAAUUACGCAAAGAAUCUUGCAACUAUCGUCGAAGUUAAAAGAAUUGAGACUGGUAGAAGAGGAAUAUGUGUGUUUGACGAUCAUUGUGUUGUUGAAUCCAGACAUCAGAGGUUUAAAUAAUCAAGAGCUUAUCGAGAAACUACAAGAUCAGGUACACACGAGCAUGCAAGAGUUCAUCACACAUCGUUAUCCAGGCCAACCUAAUAGAUUUGGUAACGUUUUAUUACGUUUGCCUGAGCUGCGCUCGAUCAGUACGAAAAUUACGGAGCGUCUGUUCCUCUUAAGUGUUACACUUGGAAAUGAUUUAGGGAUUAAUAAGCGCCUGAACGACUUAUUGUAUAUCUCGAAAUAAAGGAAUGGGAGGAUUUGGUUGGAAACUAUAGUCGCCCAAAAGAUAUAUUUUUAAACGCUUCAAACACUUUGUCAAAAGGUCAAUAACGGGCUUAAAAUUGAUCUAAUCUGUGACGCAGGAGAUUUCACUUUGAGAGUUUCAGAUAUAUCAUAGGCAGCAUAAGAUAGUAUGACGUAACCGCAUUGACCGGGCUGCCUAUGGCUAUGGACAUAUCAUGUUAUCUAGGGACAAUGGUUUUUACCACUGUGGAUAGUUUCUCUAAUUCUCUUCACAUCCGCGUCGUAGAUUUGAUUAAUUUUGAGCCAACUAGUGUCCUCCAUUUAACAUCUUAUUCCCUUCAGAAUCAGUGCAAAGUAUUGGGAGGCGGUUGUGUUCAUAUAGAUUUGUCAAAAUUCUUAAAUACCUUUUAAAGGGAGAAUAUUUGAAUAUGUAGUUGAAAAAUAAUUGUCGUGUUUAUAAAGUUUAUAUAGUGAAUAUAGAGUUAUCUUGAUUUCCAUGGUAUAAGACUUGUAUAUAUAUAUAUAAAUAUAUAGUAUGUAUUGUAGUAAAUUUAAAACAUAUAAAAUA